GGCAGUGAGCUCUUCUACCUCCUGCGGUACAGUGUGGGGCCAGUGAGCUCUUCUAUCUCCUGCGGUACAGUGUGGGGCCAGUGAGCUCUUCUACCUCCUGCGGUACAGUGUGGGGGCAGUGAGCUCUUCUACCUCCUGCGGUACAGUGUUGGGGCAGUGAGCUCUUCUACCUCCUGCGGUACAGUGUGGGGGCAGUGAGCUCUUCUACCUCCUGCGGUACAGUGUUGGGGCAGUGAGCUCUUCUACCUCCUGCGGUACAGUGUGGGGGCAGUGAGCUCUUCUACCUCCUGCGGUACAGUGUUGGGGCAGUGAGCUCUUCUACCUCCUGCGGUACAGUGUUGGGGCAGUGAGCUCUUCUACCUCCUGCGGUACAGUGUGGGGGCAGUGAGCUCUGCUACCUUCCUACUCAAUUCCUGCUUCCUCUGUUUCUGGUCUCCUCCUAUCAGGCGAGCUCGUGGAAAGGUGUAGCAGGCUCCGCCCCCAACAAGCUCAAAGCCGCCGCUGAGGGAAACUGAAGUUGUUAGCUUCUCCUCAGACGAAGUUCCUCGCUUUACCCGCUGUUCUGAAUUUAAUCGCUGUGUGAACAGUUGAACUGACCUCUUCUGCCCUGGAAUCAGUCUGAAAAUGACGCUUCCUUCGGCGCAAAGCACAGCCACCCUGCGCACCGUGAGCGUCGCCUCAGAGCCGGCCGUGGCCACGGUGCUGUCUCCCGGACAGUUCAACAUCAAUGGAGCCUCGACCCUGCGGACGGUCAGCCUGGCGCCCGGAUCUCCGCUACAGUCCGUCCAGUACGUGAACGGCACCGUGGACGGAAACUUGCUGCAGGGAAACGUUCGGUACCUGGUGCCGGUCCAGCGGUCCGCCGAGUCCUACGUGGUGCUCAAUCAGACGCCGGCGAUGGUGAACCCGGUUUACUUACAGAACAUGCAAAAUGUGCAAACUGUGCAGCGGGUCAGCGUCAGCAGCGUGGAGGAAACGGACAGCCUCCAGCGGCUGAAUAUCAAUGGCAAAGCUUCAUCUGUGUUCAGCCAAACAUCAAGCCCAACCAAGAGUCCUGAGCCACCAGAGGUGGUGGAGUCCACAGAUGUCCGUAUGCAGUCUUUAAAUGUGGAUUUGAAGAAUGAACUGAAGAGCGAAGUAAAGACGGAGGUGGUUGUUGAGCCAUUGGACAAGCUGGACACCCGCUUCUUCGGCGAGCUCCUUGCUGAAGUCUACCGCAAGAACUGCGACAUCCACAGCUGUAUUUCUGAACAUGUGGCCAAAAUCCGUGGACGAAAACACCUGCUGGACCCCACCAUUAAUUAUAAGGUUGACAAAGAAGAGAUAGAGGCCCUCAUUCCUAAAGCCUUGUCGGAACUGACCAAGCAACAAAUCCGCUACCUCCUACAGACGCGCCUGACGGCUGAUAAGACCAUGCGCCUUCUUUUGACCACUUUCAGCAGCCUGAGAGAAGAGUUGGUGCACUUGCAGGACGAUCUGAGGCGUCUGGAGAGUGAAAAAGAAGAGCUGGAGAGGGACCUGACCUUUAAGGCUGAGCAGACACACCAGUAUGACAGAUUACUGGAUGCUGUACGUGAGAACAACCGGCAACUACAGAACUCCCUGAAAGAGACCACCACUACCCAGCGUACUCUGGAGAGUCAGCUGAUGAUCAGCCGCAGCACAGACUCCAGUAAGGAUUUCCGCAUUAAGGAGCUGCAGGGCAGCAAGAGGGCUCUGGAGCAGGAGAACGAGCUGUUGCGCAAGAAGUUGGAAGGUCAGUGCAAUACUUCCACUCUCAAUGAUAAGACAAAGGAGCUGUCCAAACAUUACGAGCAGAUGCUGAGUGCUUUACGGGAGGAGAAGGAAAAAGAGCUGAAGAGCAUGCGGUCUCAGCUGGUGAAGAUCCAGACGGAGUACACUACAGUGCACUCCAGUGAUAAGAGCCUGCAGAUGAGGAUUACAGAGCUGCUGACUUCACUGGAGCAGCGCGAGUCUGUCAUUAGACACCAAGAGGAGGAGAUCAGACGGCUCCAGCAGGAGAAGAGCGACAGCUCCAAGAGUAUCACCAAAACUGUAAUCACCAAAAGAUACAGAAACCAGUACCCUAUACUGGGCCUGCUGAGUGACGACUACCAGGUCACAUCACCUGUGAAGGAGGCCAAGACCAUCGUCAUCGAGAGGACGGGAGAAAUGAUCAAACAGGAAAUCAUUACCACGCCCUAAAGAAAAUGCUUCUCUCUGACAGGAAUGAACACGACGAAGAUCCAGAAGCCUCUCCCUCCUUCCUAACCCUUCCCUCCCUUCCUCCCUCCCUCUCCCCCUCUCCCUUGCUCCCCCUAUCCUGCAUGCUAUCGUUCCCAUUACUCCAGGGCUCCAUAGAGUGGUGGUGGUUCCAAACUUAUUGUGGAGGAUGUGGUAUUAAGGGAGUUGAGGCAUGUAAAAGCACAGCUCGUGGUGUUGAGGCCUUCACACUUGUUUAUCAGCAUAUUAUCAGCAUGCUAUCAGCAUGCUUAUUAGAGCUGUGCUGAUGCAUCUCCACAAUGGCUAACCUGUGUAAGGAUGUGUAUUGGGAUGUUCUUGGUAGUGUUGGAACCGCUUUGGGCUUGAGCCACCACGACCCUACCAGCCUCUGGUCAGCACUCCUGUAAGCAUGUAUGUAAGCACAGAUCAUGUGCACUGUAAUGUUACAGUAUCUGGUGACAUACGGUUAUCUGCCUUGGUUACUUCCCCCCAUGAGUUAUGGCGGAUUGAUUAAUUUUUUUUACUAUGUAUUUUUAUUUUGUUCUUGCCGUUUCAGUGAGUACUGCUGUAGAACGGGUUGCAGAGGUGUAGGUUAAUGUUAAGCUGGUGACGGGAAAUUUUGCUAUGCAGAGUUUAUUUUCUUAUGGUGGUUAAAAGAUGCAUGUGGCAAUGAAGUGACUGUCCUGUCACAGAAAUAAAACAAUAUUGAAUAUAUGGUUGAGGAAAACACUAGGAUAUUAACAAUAACACAGUGAGAGGAUUUUUUGUAUGGUUAAAAUUUUCAAAUGCUGAAUUUAUGGAAUGGCAUCUAAUAUCUUGGUUUAUGUAUUGUUUUCUUAUUAUUGUAACAUAAUAAGACAUCUGGUUGAAUUAAAAUCAAGAAAAGUUGGCAGCUAAUGCGCAUUUCUAACCAUCCCUCCAAGUAAAGCACAAAUCAAAAACUGCCAAAACAGCAGCAGCGCUGGCCUAAAACGAGUUAUUGACCAACAGACACUAACAGCCUUUAAAUUGUGUGUAAUGUUGAGUGAUCUCUAGCGUUGCUGUUCAGAAGCCUCACCUAUCAGUUACUGUGAAUCCUGACUGAGGCUUUAGGUUCCUUUGGAAAUGCUACAAUAUACACUGUAAUAAUAUGAUUUUACACUGGAUCUAAUGCUGCAUUUGAGUGUUUCUAAGAAGGUUAUAUAUUCAGUCGUAUGCAAAUGUUAAAAUGGAAAUCGUGCACUAAAAUUUGCAGAAAAUGCCAUAUUUAAGUUUGAUCCCUCUAGAGGAUAUUUUAACUUUUCACUUAGAAAAUCAGCAUUGCGUGAAACUUGCCAAACUUGCAUGCGACGGUAUCAGAUGAUUAACUUGUGGAAAAAAAAGUAUGGAAAUAUACAUUUCCUCUUUUACUGUCAAACAUAGUCAUAUUUCCCAGUUUUCAAUACCACUCAAAUGCAGGUCAAAUUUUCCUUAAUGUUGUUUGACAUUAUAAACACCAUAUAAAAGAAGUGAACACCUCUAUUAUCAGUGUUCUAGAGUUGUAGGCCACUUCCUCAUUUACAGAAAAUGCCAUUUUCACAGGAAUCAGCACUACUAUUAUUUUAGUAAAAUUAUCCAGAUUGAGAAAUUAUAGCAGCCUUUUGCCAUUCACACCCAAAAUAAUCACCCACUGCAUGUACUUUGUGUUAAAGUGUUUGAUUUUUGUUAAAUUGUGUGCUUCAAAUAAACAGUAGUUGGGCGUACAGAAA